UUGUGAAAGGGUCUAGUGGAAGUGACGCAAUGCUGGAGGCUGCGUCGUGGAAGUGGCGUCUGUUUAGCCGCAGCCACGUUCAGAACUCCGCUGGAAAAUCAGCUGAUUUAAGACGCAGCGGCUAACCGGCUACCAGCAGCCUGACCGGGACCAGCGGUUAACCGGAGUGCCGCUGAGCAAACAGCUCGAGGCCGAUGGACCGCGAAGCCACUCCAGGAGUGUAAUGUAAAGCGAUGCUCGCUCGGCCAUGGCCAGUGUUACGCUGCGCUACUUCUGCUAUGGCUGCCUCUUCACCUCGGCCACCUGGUCCGUCCUCCUCUUCCUGUACUUCUCCCUGGGGGCGGAGCCAGGCCGAGGGAGGACCCCCCUGCAGCACCACAGCCAGCCGCUCGCCAGGAGCCUGGGCGACCGCAGGGCGGGGCCUCGUCUCCAGCCGGCCAAUAAGGGGGCGGAGCUGUCGCCGGAGAUGGGAAUGAUUUUCAACCAGGCGGACCAGGAGGUCAGAGACACCGGUUACCAUAGACACGCCUUCAACGUCCUCAUCUCCACCAGACUGGGAUACCACCGAGACCUCCCGGACACCAGGGACCCCCAGUGCCGGGACCUGUCCUAUCCUGGGGCUCUACCUUCGGCCAGCGUAGUGAUCUGUUUCUUCAACGAGGCGUUCUCCGCCCUGUUGAGGACCGUGCACAGCGUCCUGGACCGAACGCCGGCCUUCCUGCUCCACGAGGUCAUCCUGGUGGACGACCACAGCGAGCUCGAGGAGCUGAAGGACCAGCUGGACCGAUACGUCCGGGACGAGCUGCAGGGGAAAGUCAAACUGGUGAGGAACCAGAGGAGGGAGGGACUCAUCAGAGGACGCAUGAUCGGAGCGUCCCACGCUACGGGUGAGGUGCUGGUCUUCCUGGACAGUCACUGUGAGGUGAACCAGAUGUGGCUGCAGCCUCUGCUGGCUCGGAUCCAGGAGGACCACCGGACCGUGGUCUGCCCCGUCAUCGACAUCAUCUCCGCCGACACGCUGGUCUACUCCCCGUCCCCCAUCGUCAGGGGCGGCUUCAACUGGGGGCUGCACUUCAAGUGGGACCCCGUCCCCCCUUCUGAGCUCAGCGGGCCGGGAGGGGCCACCGGACCCAUCAGGUCUCCCACCAUGGCGGGGGGGUUGUUUGCUAUUAACCGGAACUACUUCAAUGAGCUCGGCCAAUACGACGCCGGCAUGGACAUCUGGGGUGGUGAGAACCUGGAAAUCUCCUUCAGGAUCUGGAUGUGCGGCGGUCAGCUGCUCAUCGUCCCGUGCUCCAGAGUCGGACACAUCUUCAGGAAGCGCCGUCCGUACGGUUCCCCGGGGGGGCGGGACACCAUGGCCCACAACUCCCUGAGGCUAGCGCACGUCUGGAUGGACGAGUACAAGGAGCAGUACUUGGCCCUGCGUCCGGAGCUGCGUGGCCGUAACUAUGGUGACGUCAGUGAGCGGGUGGAGCUGAGGAAGAGGCUGCAGUGUCGCUCUUUUCGCUGGUUCCUCGACAACGUCUACCCGGAGAUGCAGGCCGUCGCCAAUGGCAACAAGCCGGCGCCCCCGCUCUUCAUCAACAAGGGCCUGAGGCGUCCCAACAUCCUGCAGCGAGGACGGCUCCGUCACCUAGCAACCGGUGUCGGCCGGUGUCUGGCUACACACAAACUACUAGCUAACCACCUGAUACCAAUGCAAUGCCGAUACCUGGACCCUGACCCUGGUCCUGUGACCCUCCCCCAGGACUGGACCUACGAUGAGGAUGGACAGCUGGUUCUGGCGGGACUGCUCUGCCUGGACGUGUCCGAGGUCCGGACCUCCGACCCCCCACGACUCAUGAAGUGUCACGGCUCAGGGGGGUCACAGCAGUGGAGCCUGGGGAAGUCCAGACGUCUCUACCAGGUCUCUGUGGGACAGUGUCUCUCCCUCGUCUCUCCGGUCCGGCCCAAAGGUUUGGUCUCCAUGGCGAUAUGUGACUCCUCCGAGGACCAGCAGUGGCAGCUGGAGGUCUGAGGAGACCUGGGUCAGGACCUGGAUCAGGACUGGAGGUCUGGAUCAGACCUGAAUCAGUGUUUUAAGGUGUUUUAAGGUUUUAAAGGUUUUUUACAUGUGAAUGUUUUUUGAUUUUGUUUUCUGUUGAUUCAUCAUUCGUCAAUAAAAAUUUCUGUGACUCACUCACUGGUUUCCAUGGAGACAGGAUGACAUGAGGAGGAGGAGGAGGAGGAGGAACCAGACAAUAACAAUAAAAAGUUCUCCUUCUUGUUUUCUGUAAGUUGACUUUCUCUGUCUGACUCACCAUCGCCACCUAAUGGUUCCUCACCAGCACUUUAAUUGAUUGGUUAAUUAAGUAAUUAGUUGAUUAAAUGUCCGAUUCUUUUGUGUUUGACGUUUUAAAUUUAAAUAAAGUUUUUUUUCGUGAA